AUGUCUGCUAGAAAUACAAACGACCCCCCACGGAGUGGUUCAUCUUCGCAGAUAUCGAAGUCCAGCAAUUCUGAACCAAGUUAUCGAAAGAUAUCUAAUAAACGGGUUAAUACCGAGAGUUCCUCUCUUCUUCGGAGUCAAGCUUCGAACGACAUAAAUGUUUUGGCCGACGCAAAUGGUGAUAAUACCGAUGGCACUCCUCCCACCGAAUAUGAGCCGACAAGAACUAGAACCAUUGAUAAUCUACCUUGGAAUGUGGUUUUACCUUACUAUUUACCAAUACUAUCUUGGGUUCCGGAGUACAACAUAUCUUACUUUUUAGGUGAUUUGGUUGGUGGUAUCUCUUUAGCUACUUUCCAGAUUCCCUUGUGCAUUUCGUACGCUACUUCUUUAGCUCAUGUCCCCAUCACUUGUGGUUUGUUCUCGUUGGGGAUUGCUCCCUUGAUCUAUAUGGUCUUUGGUAGUGUUCCUCAAAUGGUAGUGGGUCCUGAAGCCCCAAUUUCUUUGAUUGUCGGCCAGGCGGUGGAACCAUUAUUACAUCAUGCUAAAAAGAAAAACCUUGACCCAAUUGAGUACGUUGUUGCUAUAACCCUCGUGAGUGGAGCCAGCUUACUUGGAUUCGGGUUAGGUCGAUUUGGAUUCUUAGAUAACGUUUUAAGUGAAUCAUUACUCAAAGGCUUUAUCAGUGGAGUUGGGAUUGUAAUGAUAAUCAAUGCUUCAAUUUCAAUGCUAGGCUUAGAUGAAUUGCUUAAGCAAGUUCGAGGUGAUCCGGAAUUACCAGACAUUCAUUCCCCUUUUGAUAAAUUAACUUUUUUAGUUCAUUAUUUUAAAGAAUUCCAUAAAUUGACUCUUAUCAUUAGUCUUGUUGGCUUUAUUGUUAUAAUGGCUCUUCGUUCGUUUAAAAAACAAGCAACAAAAAGUCAGAACCAUUUAUACCAAAAACUUAUUUACAUUCCUGAGAUAUUAAUUGUCACCUGUCUUGCAACAUGGCUAUCUCAAGUGAAUCGUUGGGAUCAGAAAGGGAUAGAUAUUAUUGGGGAAAUUAAAAAUAGAGAUGACUCAUUCACCUUUUACAAUCCUUUUCUGCAUAACGUUGUGAAGUAUAUUAAAUUUUUGAGUAGCUCUGGAUUUCUAUGUGCAAUGCUAGGUUUUUUCGAAAGUACAACUGCUUCAAAAUCUCUCGGAUCAAUUUAUAAUUUACCAAUCUCUUCCAACCGUGAAUUGGUUGCAUUGGGCUUUAUCAACGUCACCGGAUCAGUAUUUGGUGCACUCCCAGCGUUUGGAGGUUACGGAAGAUCUAAAAUCAACGCAAUUUCAGCUAAAACCACAACCUCGGGUGCUAUAAUGGGUGCCAUUGCACUAGUCACUGCAAACUCGAUCUGCGACUACUUAUAUUUUGUUCCGAAAUGUAUUUUGAGUGUUAUCACUUGUGUUAUUGGGAUUUCAUUAAUUGAUGAAGCACCUUAUGAAUUAUGGUUUCACUGGAAGAGUCGUGGGUACAAUGAAUUGGUAACUUUUGCAAUCACUGUAUUAACCACUGUAUUUUUUUCGAUGGAAACCGGAAUUGCAGUUGGUUUAAUAUACCUGUUGAUUAGAGUAAUCAAACAUUCAGCGGAAUCAAGAAUUCAAAUCUUGGGUAGAUACCCCGGAACAAACACCUUCCUCGAUGCUGAUCUUUCUAGAAACUCCCGUUCGAUUGCACAAGGUAGAAAUUCGCCUAAUCUUGAAAAAAAUCGUCGCAGUCAGUAUAAUGUUUUCACCGAUGAUAAUUUCAGAGAAUUGAAUGUCCAAGCAUUGGAAGAAAUAGAAGGCUGCUUGAUUAUAAAAAUCCCUGAGCCUUUAUCUUUCGUUAAUACAAACGAUUUGAAGACACGUCUCAAACGAGUUGAGAUGUAUGGAUCCACUCGUGCCCACCCGGCCCUGAAAAGAAGUAGAGAUAGCUCAAUGACCAAAUACAUCAUUUUUGAUUUAGAUGGAAUGACAGAAUUGGAUUCUUCAGCUGCCCAAAUCCUCCUUAAACUUUUACAAAACUACGAAGAACGAGGUAUUCGUUCCUUCUUUGUUCGUGUCAUCGAAGACAGACAUCUAAAACAAAGGUUAAUUGCUACUGGUAUAGCAAAACUUUUAACCAGACACUUGGAGCUGAUGAAAUAUUUCGAUUAUCAAGCUUCUUCACCGAACAGACGCUUAAACAGAUUUGAUGCUGGUGAAACUGCCUCCUUGCAGGGAGACGAUAUAGACACCGCUGAUGAUACCUCUUCGUUGGAUCGCUUGAUAGGUGAAUACGAAGAGCCUUAUUUCUCCCAUAUAAGUGACGCGUUGAAAAUUAUCGAUCAUUACGAAGGGCUGAAUAAAGACGACGAGAGUUUGAUCGAACGCGAUUCGGAGUUUGGUGACCACAGCAUGGUUUAAUUUAGCUUCACCUUCGGUAUAGACUUUUACAUAGACAAC